AACUUGUCCGAAAUAUACUCUUCAUUGAACGUUUUAACUCUCAACUCGCUACUUACCUGACCUCAGUGUAGGUGGAAUGGGUGUACAAAAUGCGCCAACCUUCUACCAGUCUCUUGCGGCUGGUGGUAUGGCUGGCACAGCAGUCGACCUGCUCUUCUUUCCCAUAGACACGGUGAAGACGAGACUGCAGUCUUCGCAGGGAUUUAUUAAGGCUGGAGGAUUUAGAGGUGUUUAUAAAGGAGUAGGCAGUGUAGUGGUCGGGAGUGCUCCAGGAGCUGCUAUUUUCUUCUGCACAUAUGAUACCCUGAAACACACAUUACCUAUACCAACACAUUAUGCUCCCUUCACUCAUAUGAUUGCAGCUUCAGUUGGCGAAGUGGCAGCUUGUCUCAUACGUGUACCAACUGAAGUAAUCAAAACCCGAAUGCAAACCUCAACCUAUGGCAAUCUAGGCAAGUCCUCGUUUGCUGCUGCUAAGCUGGUACUCGAAAAGGAAGGACUUCGCGGUUUUUAUCGAGGUUUCGGCUCGACUAUCAUGAGAGAGAUCCCAUUCACAUCGCUACAAUUCCCCAUGUACGAGUUCUUCAAACUCCAACUUUCAGAUGCUUUGGACAAGAAGCCGUUACCAGCAUAUGAAGCCGCAGUUUGUGGUAGCGUAUCAGGCGGUAUUGCCGCUGCGUUUACUACACCCCUGGAUGUCCUAAAAACUCGAGUCAUGCUCGAUCUUCGGAAUCCAGCUCAUCAGCAACUUCCUUCGUUACCUGCUAGAUUUAGGCAGAUUUAUGUUACUGAGGGUGUUAAAGCCCUAUUUGCUGGCGUUGUUCCUCGGACAUUAUGGAUAUCAGCAGGAGGGGCUGUAUUCUUAGGCGUUUACGAGUGGGCUGUGGGCACUUUGCUGGCGACAUAACAGAACCUUCUAAGUAGUGACCCUCUACUCGGUUGUAAGUGAUUGCAUAUGUGCGUACAAGAAGUCAAGUUUAUUCAGUCGGGGUUACAAUCUGUUACAUAUUCCAAGAAGUCAAUCCCUUGGUAGUAAUGAAUCAUCAAGAAGAAACUCGAG